ACUUGAACUUACUGGCCCUUUCGAGUUGGACUGGUCCCACCACAUCAUAUUGUGCAAGUUAUCGAUCCGAACGUUAUAGUUAAAAAGUCAUCCGACGUGCUGAGAACCCUGAUCCCCUCGUCGAAACUCUCUUGCAAGUGUGGAUGCCCAGCGAAUACACCCUUCCUUCCCCUUGUGAUAGUCGUCUUCAUUCACCUUUCAAUCAUGGUGAGAUCGCUUUGUCGGUCUCGAAGACCUUCGGUCGAACAGGCGGUCGCAUUCCCAUCGAUAUAAUCUUGAUUUCCAGUGAUUAUGUCCUAUUCUAUACCCAUGAAGCGACCCUCCUUGCAGCCUCGAACAACUCCUUUCGAAACUUACUUCCACUUCCAAAUCAGGGUGAUCCUUUGGACAAAGUAGCUUUCGUACCCGAGAUUCCCUCACCAGAGCUGGAGAUCAUGCUUUACAGCAUUCAUAAUGUUCCAAAGGAGGACUUUUUGGUGCAUCUCGAUAUAGAGGCUGUCAUGAAGGCCGUGGAUGGGCUUUCGGAGUACGGGAUUCCGCCUAGUGAGUGUAUCACGCCAUCAUCUCAUCUCUACCAAGAUCUGUUAUCCUGUGCACCUCUUUAUCCGUUUGAGGUCUAUGCACUUGCUGCUCAGUAUGGCAUGGUCUCCCUCGCAGCGACAGCCUCGACUCAUACCCUUGUGCUUGACCUUGCACAACUCAGUGAGAGCCUGUUGCAAAGGAUGGGAGCGGUUUAUCUGCUACUCCUUUAUCAGUUGCAUAUGGAGCGCACGAAGACGUUGAUGAAAUUAUUGGGUGGAGAACUGGGAAUUCAUAAUCCGACUCCUCGAUGCGGUUUUGUCGGACAGAGGCGUCUGAGGAGGAAGUGGAGCAUGGCUGUGGUUUCUUUGGUAUUUCUUAUUAAACCUAAUACAACCAUCAGCUUGAUUCGGGAGAAGAUAUGGGAGCACACAUCGGACGUGAUGUGCCCCGAUUGCAUCAGACUCAGAGAUUAUCAGCUUGAUAAGGUUGUUUCUGAGUGGUCGAUGACGAGUCGUACGAUAAACUUGCGAUAAACGUCUGACACAAGUCUGACAGGUUUCACCUUGCCUUGAGGGUUCAACAAAUGAUACAAUUACUGUGGUCCGGAUUCGUUUGUGUAACUAUUUUAUGGUCAAUAUACGAAGACGGCGAGAUUCUGGGGGGUAACGUGGGUAACCGUC